GAGGGCUUUGCGCCAGUAGAGCGAGCGACAUUAAUUGUAUCUGAGGUAACCGCAGGGUCGACUUACAUGAAUUUUGAAAACGUUCAGCGAAUGCGCCAAGCACAGAUGUAGCAUCAACGCGAACGUUUCAAGCCAAGACGGCGGCGCCACAAAGCGACGAAACGUGCGGCGUCGACUCGCCACCUGUUUGAGCGUUCCGAUCGUCGCUCACCGCCGAAAAUGUGGAGGACGAGUUGGACACUGCAUUUCGAGGAACAGCUUUCAGGGUUAAUCAAUGCGCGUUUGGUUUGAAAAGGGGAAAGAAAAAGGAGAGGAGAAAGGAUUCAGAGAGAGUUGGGAGCGUCGCGCGGCGGAGGGUCGGUCAGCGAGCGGCCGGCGCGCGGAAUCGUUUACGUCGUUUCUAUGGCGAUUGAAAAUAAUCGAGCCAGCAGCACCACAAGUGGCUCCCUGGCAAGAGAGGUGAACCGAUCGGCAGACGCCAUUCCGCUGAGACGCGCGCGGCAUGUGACAGACGCUGCGACCGAGGCCUUCUCUGGCUUCGUCAACGCCCGUCCAUUGGGAGGUGACGACAGCCUCACGUGCAUUGGUUGCUGGUGCGUCGGUGACAUCGCACGCUUGAGUCUCGGCAGCUCUUGUGGUGGGAGCCGUACGCGACAGUGAUGUGGCCUCUGUAAAACGGUGUGUCUUAGCACACGCUGAAGCCGACUUCCUCACGGCACUAGGGCUCCCUAGCCGGGACGGCGGAUGGACCGGACAGGAUGGACACCGCCGGAGAACGGGUCGCCAAGGCUCCGCGGAUCCGUAAAGUCAACAGCACGCAUUCGCGCUUCCUCGCCGAAGCCGCCCAGCGCAAGGCGCUCAUGGUCACUUUCUUCGCCAACGGGGACCCCUUCUCCUCGGGCAUCAGAGUGUCCAUCAAUCCCGGCCGAGACUUCAAAACAAUGGAGUCCCUGUACGACUACAUAUCGCAGCGGCUGGCCGUCAGCAACGGAGUCCGCGUCAUCUUCACUCUUGACGGCAAGAAGGUUCCUUCGCUGGAAGAGUUCGAAGACGGUGCUUCGUACGUCGCCUCGGGAACACGAACGUUCGCCCCACUCGCGUACGGUCAGGCGCGCAACCGCAUCUUGCAGCGCUCGGACGAGGAUCCGGGCAGGUUGAUACAGCCGAAGAAACUCGCCAAGGGCGGCUCGGUCAGCCUGCCUGGCUCAGGUGGCAGAGACGAUGGUCGCGUCAUUGACGUUGUCAGCAGCCUGGACCCGGAACACACGAGUCGCGUCCUGCUGAACCUCAAGACUACGCAAACUUUCGAGGAGGUGCUCAGGGAUCUCGGUGGUGCCCUGAACAUGAAUGGCGUCAAGAAAAUGACUACAAAGAAAGGCGAGGUGAUAAAAAAAAAGGUCCAGAUACAAAAGUUCCUGGGCGCUUUCCACGUUGCAAAUUACGAUAGGAUGCACCAGCAGUCAGAGUGCCUGUCCGCGUCGAUGCACCCUCGGGGCUCCGCACUCGCUGUGGGUUGCGCCAACGGGCGGGUGUCGGUGCUGGCCGCCGACACUGGGGCGGUGCUGACGACGUUCAGCGUCACCAACAGCGCGCUCAACGCACUCGCCUAUUCACCCGAUGGCAUGUUGAUGGCAGUUGGGGCAAACGACGGCUUCAUUCACAUACUCCUCGUUCAAGACCAAGGACAGACAAAUCAGAAAGGCGAAGUCAUCAGGGGCCGAGACUCCCUCGUGAACAUCGACUGGUCAGCAGACAGUCGCUUGCUGCAAGUCAUCACGACUGAUGGCCAGUACCAAGAGCUUCUUUGUUGGGAUGUAAAUAGCCUGAAGGCGAAAUCACCCACCGUUACAAAGGUCGAUUGGUACCAGCUCACCUGCACUCUAAAUCCAGACAUCGUUGGAAUUUGGGACAACGAACACUUGACGGAUGUCGUGAACCUGACGUGUCAUCGUUCCCACAACAAGGCUGUCGUUGCGGCUGGCGACCGCGCGGGCUUCCUGAGAAUAUUCAGGUUUCCAUGCACCGACACGAAGGCGGGGUUCACGGAGCAGAAGGUCAGCUCGUCUCCUGUGACGUGCGUUCGGUUCCUGCAUAGCGACAAGUACCUGGUCACCUUGCUGGCCCAGGCUGGCUACUUUGUGGUCUGGAAGAUGGUCUCCAACCGUGUGCGCUCCGAGGCCGAUCGCGUCACGUGAACCGUGAAGGUUGCUUCGACGACGCCAUGCAGUCCAUCAUUAUGAACACCGUGUGCUGACCGCAUUUUGCCGAGCCCAUCUGUUCUUCACAGAGAAAAUGUUUUCAAUGUUUCAACGAACAUAAU